CUCUGUUGUUACGUGUUUCCGUUUAAAAUCCCCAUGUGAUCGAUGUUCAGGUGAAGACGAAGGCUUUUUGCAGAACAGCAGGGAUUGUCGAGUAAAACCACAACUAAAAUGUUUAAACUUGAAGGACUUGGACCUAAAAUGGAUCCAGAGGAGAUGAAGAAGAAAAUGAGAGAAGAUGUAGUAUCCUCUCUGCGGAACUUUCUUCUCUACAUCGCUCUGCUCAGAGCCACUCCGUACGUCUUAAAGAAGUUGGACAGCAUAUGAGGCGAGCGUCUGCUCUUCCAUGCUCCAUCCCUCCAUCCUCUUGAGAGAUUCCUGCCCCAGAGACGGCGAGGAGGACAUCCUGUCGCCACCAGCUCGGCCUGAUUUUAAGCAUCACUCUGGAAAGUCACCGGUGGUUUUAUUCUUUCACUUCAACAGAGAGUCUAGCUGCUCUCGGUCUCAGUUUUCCUCCAACAUGUUAUCGUUUUUAUAGUUCUAAAACCUUUGUUGAACCUAGUUUUCUUUUACCAUCAUGUCUGUCUCCUAGGAUUUACAAAUAAAAAAACAUAUUGUCGAUGGUUUAAAAGUAUGAAUUUUGUCACCUUAUUCAACUUAAAUGCACUAAAUUAAAUGUCAGUCUUUGUCUUUA